CUAAUUUUGCCAAGUUUCUUUAUUAAUUUUCUAAGAAAACAAAGCUAAUAUAUCUUAGUUUUAAUUAGAAGAAGAAAAUAAGGAAAAAUGUUGCAAUCAAGAGUAAUAAUACCAAUAAUAAUGAGGAAGAGUAAUAGGUUAGGGAUAAAUUGGGGAUUAAGAAAAACAUAUAUAAGUGAAGAACAAGAGAGUGCAGCAACACAAGGGGUAGCUCCGACACAAGGCUAUGCUCCAAUUCCUACUGGUAUUCCUGCUGAUCCUGCUAUUCAUUCUAGUCAUCCUCCUCCUCAGGGAGGAGAUGUUGGGGAGGCACCCGACCCAUUAGUCCCACCCAGACCACCAACCUCUUCAUCCCGAAGGUUAGAACACACUGGAGUGGGCCGUCCAUCCGAGCCCAACACCCAACAAAAACGUCGAUCAUCGAAUCGAGCUAGCCAAUUGGACGGUGCAGAAGCUUACAAGGCCCAAAAGAAGGCCCAAGAGGAGGACAACAAAGAGUACUUUAAAACACACAAGGCAUCUCCAUUAUCAGAAUUGGAGUUUGUGGACUCAAGAAAGCCCAUAACACAGGCAACGGACAGCCCAACGUCGUAUUAUGGAAGAGAUGAGGGAGUAAUCGUGUGGAAGCCGGAGCAGCUAGAUACUGCUGAGGACUCAUUGUUAAGAGCCGUUGAGAAUUGGAAAUGGAAUAAAAUGAGGGGUGAUCCUGAUUCUCCUCAUGGUAGAGUGCUUAGAGAGCUUCGUGGUGAGUAUUGGUGAAUCGUGAGGGUUCUGUACCAUAGCAAAACCCGUAACGCUAAACUUGUUUUGAAAUUUUAUUAUGUACAAGUGUUUGGUUUGUGAAUUUUAUAUUCUGUUUCACGCGGCACUAAUUUAAUUCAUGAUAUUUUUAAUUUUAUACAAUUAAAAAUUAUAAGAUAUUAUUAUUAAUAAUCGUUAU